AUGCAGCACUAAUUUGCAUGUCCUUGUUCAUUUUGUAAGGCAAAAAAAGAAAAUCCAUAGCAAUCAUCUCAUGAUUGCUAUUAAGUAGAUAGAGAAAAUGAGGCUUUAAAAUAAGAGAUCUAAUAACUAUAGGCUUAGCUUCAUUAUCUGAAUUAAAAAGUGCCAGAAUUUCAACAAAUAUUCAAGGAUAAUUAGCAAAUGAAGAAGGCUCUUGAUUAAAUGAAUUAAUCAGUCAAAGAAUAUGAGGAAGAAAUCUAGCGAUAGAAAUAAAUAAUUGAUCGCUUGAACCUUGAUUUGGAUAAGGCAAAAAGAGAUAACGAAUAAUUGUUAUAAGGAUUCAAUGAUAUUAAACAUCGAGGAUUGUCAUAAGAACAGAAUUUGUAAUAAGAUAAUUAGAGAAUGAAACAUACAAUUGAUGGACUGAACAAUGAUUUGAGAAAUCUACAACAAGAGGUCUAUAGAUUGCGAUCACUUAACGAUAAAUCAAAAUACGUUCAAGAAGAGUCAUAUCAUUAUUAAUAGGAAAACUAAUAAUAUCUUGCCAAAAUUAGAUAACUGGAGAUGCAGAUUCGAGAUUUAAUGUCAAAGGAGGAUAAUUAUAUUAUGUAGAUCAAUAAAGCAGCUCAAGGGAAUAAUAAUGAGAACAUGAUAUUGAAAGAAUAGAAUGCAUAAUUAUAGUAGUAGUUGUUACAAUUAUAAAAACAAUAUUAAAAGCAAUUGGAGGAUAUGAGUUAAGAGCGUGAUAAAAUACUUUCAGAUUAGAGAAACACAAUUAAUAUUCAAAUUAAAGAUCAAUUAUUAAGAGAACAAUAAAAAUGGUAGAAUGAAAGGGAAGCUUUAUUAUAAGAGAUUUAACUGCUUAAACAAUAAUUGAGUUAGAAUGAAUAGUAAAUAUUAAGAAAAAGAUAAUAGAUAGAAGAGGAAGUAAAUAGAAAUCAAUAAUACUUAAUUGAAUUAGAAUAAGGAAAUACUCAAUUGCAAAAUAGAUGUAGGGAAUUACAAAAUUAAAUAUCUUUAAUGGAAAAGGAUAAACAUCGUAUAGAUUAAUAUACUAGAAGAAUUGAUGAAUAAUAGUAGCAAUUAGAUUAAUUAUAGAGAUAAAUGUAUGACUUAACUAACAAAUAUAAUAAUUUAUUACAAUAAUAUGAAUAAAAGAAAUAUCAAAAUGAAUAAUUAAACAGCCAAUUAAAUAUGGUUCAAGAACAUGAUAAAUAGAAAAUUAUUAAUUUGGAAAAGCAAAUUCGAGAACUGUAGGAUCAAUUGGCAGAUACUUAGAGAUUGAGAUAAUAAUUGAAUUAAAUGAAUGAGAAUUACACUGCAUUGCAAUUAUCUUUCAAGACUUCUUAGAAGUAAUUAUAGGAUUUCGAUGAAUUGAAUUAAGAAUUAAUUUAAUUGUAGAGAGAAUUAGAGUAUUACAAAUAAUAGGAUGUAAAAAACAAAUAAGAUUUGGAUCAAUAUAAAUCAUAAUUAUUAAUGAUAGAAAAUAGGUAAAAUUAAUAAGCAAAUUCAGAAUUAGAAAAACUUAAAUAUCAGAAUUAACAAUUAAAUGAUGAGCUUAAUAAUUUAAGAAAUACAAAUUAAUAGUUGACUUUUAAAUUUUAAUAAGCACAGAACGAUUUAUAAUCAUAAAACUAUGCUUUAAAUGAAAGCAACUAGUUGAAAGCCAAAAUUAAAGAACUUUUGGACUAGAUUUAAUAUUAAUAGAUUGAAAUUAAUAAAAAGGAUAAAUUAAUACAAGAAUUGUAGAUUAAACUUCAACAAUAAAAUUAGAAGAUUGAUUUGAUAAUUACGAUGGAGAAGGAGAGAAAGGAUUUUGAAUAUCGAAUUAUUCAAUUAGAAAAAUAAUUGGCUGAUUCCAAUCUCUACAAAUCACAAUUUAUAGAAUUGUAAAGCAAAUAUGAGAAUUUAAGAAAAGACUAUGAAUUAUUAAGGAUCAAAUUAGAAGAAUAUAAUAAUAUGUAAUAGAAGAUGGUGUGGUUAGAAAAAUAAUUAGCAGAUGCUAAUAUUUAUAAAACUCAAUAUUUGGAAUUGGAGAAUAAAUACAAUAAUUUAGAUGCCAAUUAUUAAUUCAAAAUAAGUUAAUUGGAGAAAUAAUUAUAAGAAGCAAACAUGUACAAAAUGCAAUAUGCAGAAUUACAAAAUAAAUAUAAUUUUAUAAUUCAAGAAAAUGAAAUAGUUAAAAAAGACUAUGAGUAAUUAAGAUAUAAACUUGAAGAAGUUAACAACUAAUUGAUCAUUUCUAAAAAACAAAUAACAAUUUAGUUCAAUACAGAAUUUGAUGCACUCAAAUCAGAAAUGUAAACCUGGAUUUUGAAAUGUAAAACUUACGAAAACGAAAUCAAUUUUCUGAGAUCCACAAUAAAAGACUACUAAGAUAAUGAUAAUGAAAAUUUAUUAGUGAAAAAGGAAUUAGAAAGAUGGUAGAUAAAGUGUUCAGAAUUGGAAAGAGAAAGAUAAUAAUUAAAGUUAAAUUUAUAGGAGUUAGAUAAACUGAGAUAUAGAAUCAAUGAUUUAGAAAAGGACAAUCAAAAUUAUCAAUUUAAGAUAGCUAGAUUAGAAAAAGAGGCAGAUGCUACUCGUUAAUAGAUAAUAAUUUUGGAACAAUAGAGAACUUAAUACGAUCUCAUUAAAAAAGAUUAUGAUGCUUUACAGAUAAGACUAUAAGAGUAAGAAAGAGAGAAGUCGCAAUUAAGAAAUGAGAUGGAUAUACUUCGACAACAACUACAAUAAUUUAAAUCACAAGUAUAAAUGUUGGAAUAGGAAAGGAAUUAAUCUCUUAUGAAAUUAGAAGAGUCUGAUAGAGAGAGACAAGGAUUAAAAUAAUAGAUACUGAUUUUAAAUAAUACAAAGGUAGAAUUAGAAAAUAUAAGAAGAGAAUAUGAAAACUUUAAAUAAAAGUAUGAGCAACUUGAUAGAGAAACAAUUAGUUUAAGAUAAUAAUUGUAAAUCUUAAAUAAUUAGAAAGGAGAAUUUGACAGAAUAAAGGUUGAAUAUUCCUAAUUAAAAAUAAACGUAGAGGAACAAGAUAGGGAACACCUAUCUCUAAGAUCUUAAUUGCAAUUGGCCUCUAAUUAAAAGAAUGAUUUGGAAAAGUUUAGAUAGGAAUACGACAUUAUAAGAAUUAAAUUAGAGGAGAGUGAGAAAGAUAAAAAUUAAGUAAAAUCACAACUUCAAGUUUACAUAACUAACAUUAAUGCUUACAAGGAUUAAAUAGAACAUUUAAAUAUAUAGAUAAGUCAAUUCUAAUAGGAUUUGAGUUCAUUUUAAUAGUAGGAAAUAAUGAUGAAACGAGAAAUAGAAAUGCUGAUAUAGCAGAUUGAUAUUUUCAAAAAGGAUUAACAGAAUAAGUAAUAGUAAAUUUAGGAGUUUUAAUUCAAAUACUAAGAGAUUCUUCGGGAGUAUGAAGUCUUGUAAAGUAAGUAGGUAAAUAUUGACGUGGAUGCAUUGAUGUAUGAGAUAUUUGAACUAAAGAAGCAAUUGGUUCAAAAAGAGAAGCAGUAUGAAAUUGAGAGACAGGAGUAUUUAGAGUAGAAAUUCCAAUCGGAGAAGAACAUCAAAUUAAGAGUGGAGCAGGAGAUAAGAUAGAUAACUGAAAGGUAUAAUUUUGAGAGGGAGGAAUUGAGAAAGUAAAUCCAAGUUGAAAAGCAGUAGAAAUUAUAGAUAGAAACCGAAUUGAGACUAAAAUAUGAGUAGUAGAUUUUAAUUUUGUAGAAACAAAUAAAACCAGUGAUUGAUGUGGAUGCUUUGAUGUAUGACAUUUUUGAAUUGAAGAAGCAAGUUGUUGCAAAAGAUCAAUAAUUGGAGCAGUUGAAAAAGGAACAGUAUUAAAUGAGAUUGCAGAUUGAAUAGCAGUUCAAUCAGUAGAGAAUGAAGUUUGAGUCGGAGUUAAGAGUAAAACUGGAGAGGGAAUUAAGAAUGUCGAUAGAGAGUGAGAUUAGAUUUUAGAUUGAAAAUGAUUAUAAAUUUGAUUAGAAUAUUUAGGAUUACAUUUUGUAGGUUGAGAAGUGGAAGUCAGUUUGUUAGAUGAGGGACGAAGAGAUUGAUCAUAUGAGGGGUUUGUAGCAGGCUUUGAAGGAGAAACUGAAUCAAUAUACUUAGGAGAUAGAAUCUCUGAAGACUCAGUUGUCAAUGUUUUAAGGGGAGAGGAAGAAGGGAUAUUAAAUAAAAUGA